AUGUUUUCAAUACUAGACCUGAACAAUAUAUUAACUUACCAGAAUCUCAAAGAAGAGUAAUACAAUCAAAGUUAACAGAAAUAGCCAACACUACUUUAAAUGACGAAAUAAGAAAAAGAGCUAAUGAAAGAUGGUAA